AGGCUGGCCUGCUGGAAAGUCGUGGAGCUCACCUUACACCAGCUUGCAGUGCACAUCCAGGAAGUGGAUGCCAGCUGCCAACUAGGCCUCCAGACCCCUUCUCUGACCUAGCAGAUUCUGGUCACCAAACAGGCUGGGGCAGUCAUGGGUGCCAGGAAUGGAGAGGCAGGAGAAGGGCAGGGUAUUAGGGAGUCUCACCGUCCAGUUGGGACAGAAAGAUGCUGGCUGGGGUGUACGUUGCACACCUCCAUGCCACCAGGACAGUGGAUGCCUCAGUGCCUGGCUGGCACCACCAAGCCUUGCUGCAAAGAAAGAGGGCCCAUGAGUGGCAGGAAUCCUGCAUGGCCCCAGGCAUCCCCACCAUGCCCUGCACCCCACAGGCGUUCCUGCCAAUACCUCAUGCUGUUGUACUGGUUAUAUUGUACUGUUGCUCUCCCGCUCAAGCAGUUCCCUGUGCUCCUUGCCCAGCCCAGGCUGUGCCAUCCUGCUGCCCUCAAACUCUGGCAUAUUCCAUCCUCCCCCUCCUGCAUCCACUUGAGUUUGCCUGUAGCAGUGGGAUGCAGCCUGCCAGAAGAGAUGAGUAGCCGUGGGUGCUGGCAGCAUGCUGGCAGGUGAAGCAAGAUGCUGGCCAUUAAUCCAGGAUGGUCACAAUGUGCAUCCUGCCUCACACAUGGCACGUGUGCCGGGCGUUCAUCCUCAGCCCUUGGCCAAGGAGAGCGCUUGCUGCACCAGAAAACUGCCUGGUUGAUCCUAAAAGCAGCUAUUCAGACCUCUGCACUUCCCUUCCCUGGAAUGAGGACAAACGGGAUCAGGGUGCCCUGGGGCCUCUUGACGCUGCCUGUGGAAGCGGCUGUGCAGGGUGCCCAGGGGCCCACUCCAGAACCAUGCACCAGGUUGACUCCCAUGGGACCUGCUCCCUCCCCUGCGAGUGAUGACUGCCAUUGUUCCUGUCAGACGGACAACAUCCAGGCAGGGAUCUGAAGUGGGGUGGGAAGUGGGUAGGAGGGGUGACCCCUGCCCGGCGGUGACUCUCGCUGCUCGGGGGGGGCAUGGCACCAGCGCACACCGAGCCUGUGGCUGUAGGGGAAGAGCCGCUGCGCAGGUCACAGACCUCCCUUCCAGCAAAGAAGGGGAGCACAGAGACCCUCCGGGAACGCAUUCUGCCGUGGGCUCCGCCACGGCAAGGACACCAGGAGGAGGGACACCAACAGCCGUCUUUCCUUGCGUCUUUUUCCACAAGGCACUCCGGAGGAGCCGCCUGCUCGGGGGGCAGAGAGCCCCUGCAUCCUCCCCAGGCAGCCACCCGCAGACCCUAGCUCGCCCCACUCGCGUUUGACUCGUGCCCGCCCGCGCCCCGCGGCGCCCGGCCCGGCUCUCCCGGGGCGGAGGAGUGGUGCCGUUCCCUCGGCAUGGCGGCAGCAGGCGGCGGCGGUGGGUCAUGCUUCGUGCUGGGCGCCUCGGGGCAGACGGGUCGGGCGCUGCUGCGGGAGCUGCUGGCGCGACGGCUCUUCGCCAGGGUGACGCUGGUCGGGCGGCGCCGGCUGAGCCUGGGCGAGAAGGAGGAAGCGGCCGUGGAGCAGGCGGUGGUGGACUUCGAAGCUGCUGAGGCGAGCACGGCCGCCGCCUUCCAGGGACACGAUGUCGGCUUCUGCUGCAGGGCAACCACCAGGGCCGAGGCUGGCGCGGCCGGCUUUGUCCGCGUGGACCAGGACUACGUCGUGCAGGCAGCGGAGCUUGCGCGGGCGGGGGGCUGCAGGCACUUUGUCCUGCAGUCCUCGUGGGGGGUGAACCAGCACAGUCGCUUCUUCUACCGUCGCGUGAAGGGAGAAGUGGAGAACCUGGUUCAGGCUGUUGGUUUUUAUCGUUGUACCAUUUUCUGUCCAGCGGUGCUGCUGUGCAAACGCCAGGAGUCCCAGCCUGUGGAGUGGGUGGCCCAGCAGUUUCUGAGUGUUGUGGAACGGGUCUUCCCCACUGCUUACUCGGUGCCUGUUGAAAUGGUAGCCACUAUGGUGGCCAGCGUGCUGCCAGGUGAAGGAAGGUGGAAAGUGCUGGAGAACGGGACGAUCCAUGAGCUGGGAAAGGCAGUGCCACAGCAGGGCACGUAGAGCAAAAGGAAAGGCAGGAAAAGAGCUUGAUUUGCCCUUCAGAUGCUCUUCUGGGUCAAGCAUCGAUGCACGUGUGGGAGAGGAACGGGAUACUUGCAUGGCUGAUGUGGAGAUAGAGGUGCAGUUCUUUGCAUUCUGUCAAGUGAUCAAAAAAUGCAGGUACUGGCUGGUGGGUAUGGAGAAACAGUCCUGCUCUGCUGCCUUGAUCCAGCAUGCUAUCUGGGUAAAAAUGGUGUAAUCAGACAAUUUCUUGAAUUCAGCCUUAAAUAAA